GCCGCAUCGGUCUAAACAUCUGAAAACACGGUUUCAAGAAGAAGAGCAGCGCCACUCUUGCGCAGAAGACGUAAGGGAUGAAUAUUUUUGUGAGCAUUUGGAUAGUACCUGAACAGAUCGAUUUGUCUGGACCAAGGAGGGGCAUGUAAAGCGUUGCAAAUAUUACUCAACCAAAACAAUACCGCUUAGGGCCCGACCCGGUCCAAAGUCCUCUGCUAUCUGGGGUUUACCCCUGGUGGAAAUGAAAGGACAGCAAAAAAGUCCAGACACAGACGGGGAUGUUUCAGUGAUGGAGGAAGGUGCUGUUGCCACCGCAGACGAUUCAUCUGCUAUCACCACCAUUCAAUCAGCAGCUACCUUCUCCACAGAUCAGCCCAUCAAGUACCUUUUCAAAACUGAGGGAGCAGGAGGGCAGGUGACAUAUCGGGUAAUUCAUGUAGCUGAUGGACAAGUGGACGGCCAAGCUGAUGGAACAGGGGCUGUUAGUGUGGUUACUGGGUUUCCUACAACGACACAAGCUGUAACACCGGCUGUUACACAGGCUGUAUUAGCGCAAGCCGAAGGUCUGGAUGGCGAGGGGUCCGAAACGCAUUACUACUACCCAGCCACCAUCUCGAACACCCCGUCGGCCACCAUGGUAACCAACGUCCAAGCCCCUGAGUCGUUACUCACUCAGAAUACACCUACAGGUCAGCUGUAUGUGAUGAUGUCACCUCAAGAUGUUUUGAGCACGACCACUCAAAGUAAGUCUGAGGCUCCGCGCACCUCGAGAGACGACAAGAGACGAGCCCAACAUAAUGAAGUGGAACGCAGGCGCAGAGACAAAAUCAACAACUGGAUUGUCCAGCUGUCCAAAACCAUCCCAGACUGCACAGUAGACUCAACCAAGAACGGCCAGGUUGUGCACCUGCAUGAUCAUUUGUCCACACAGAGCAAAGGGGGGAUCCUGUCCAAAGCGUGUGACUACAUUCAGGAGCUCCGGCAAAGUAAUGCCAGGUUAGGAGAGGAAAUGGACUCCCUGGAGCGACUGAGGAUGGACAACCAGCUACUCAGACAAGAGGUGGAGGAGUGGAAAGCGAAGAAUCAGAUCCUCCGAGGCCAGUUGCGGCAGCAUGGCAUCGUGGCAGCGAGUGUGGAGCCGCAGUAAGAAGAGAGAUAGGAUGUAGUGUCACUUUUUUCUUUUUCUUUUUUUUUUAAUCCAACGUAGACCUUUCUACACCCGGAAUUUAAAAUUGGCUUUGGUAAACAAGAACAGACAUUCAUGGCCAAAACCCAUCCAAUUUUGCACGGAUCCUCAAAACCACCUGUAGAGAUAGAUGAUUGUAGGCCAUCCAUGAUUCAGCAAGGCUUAGACAUCAAAGGGGUUUGUGCAUAUAAAUGUCAUGUUGCCUGGACAGUCCUUGUUUAUGCUAAUUAGGAUAUUUCAAAGGUUUCCCAACUUCUUUGGAGGAGAAGGGGUACGCUUGACACCCAUGCACUCACAUUGCAGACUGAGUAGUUUGUUCAAGAGAAAACACAACAGUAGCUAAAGGAAUAUGGCCAUUUAUGGGAAACCUUGUUUGGGUCUUUGCAACUGAACAACAAUUUCAAAUAAUCAGCAGGUGUGAAUAAAACCUCAAUUGGACAGAUACUGAUACACAUGUAUGUAGCUAACACUUUGUUUCGACAGAAAGUCCUUCAUAUACACCAUCCACUUACCUCUUGCAUAAUACAAAGAGGAAGAGGUGUACAAACCAGAAGAACUAACUUAUCCCACAUUGACACCAGAUACAUUUGAUUGAUUUAGAUGGUGAUUUGACAAUCCAAUCAUGGUCUGUGUAGACAUUUUGACAAUGUCUUUUUUUUUUUAAUACCAAGCGUAAAAGAGGUUUUACUUAGCUGGAGAUCCAUGUCUGAUCUAGAAUGCACUAGACUUGCGUCCAAGUUUCUGCUCUGCUCUGUGUAACCAUGUGAAAGCCAAAAUUAGGACCUGGGAAGAUCACCGAACCUGCGAAGACCUUGACAUUUGUGUGCAAAUCUUGCUCUUGGAAAGAUAAAGUUCAUUUUAUAAAACUGGCCAUAGAAAACCAACGCUACAUCAAAACCUUUAUCAGUGUGGUAUGGAAUGCAUCAAUUAUGAACAUUUAUUACUGUGUCAAUUUGUACACUCUGUUGCCUUUCUAUGUGACAUCGAAGAUCAAUUAAUGACAAUUGAAUAGCAUUUGCACCAGAAAAAGUUACAGAUGUCUAAGCUCUCAAUAAAAAUACUCAUUAUGUAAUUUAGACACUAUUUGUAGAGUAAUUUGAUGACCAUAUGGAGACAUGUCCUAAAUAUGCCAAAUCUGUAGCCUGUAAGGAAUCUGUUUUAGUUCACUUCCAUGUACAUAAUAUCAUUACAUGUUCUGCUUUGUUUGUCUUUAAUUCGGUAGUCAUUUAGGUAAAUGUGUACGUUUGAAAUUUGUAUUAAAAAACACUGACAAAA